GUCCGCCACUGAACCCAACCAGUCAGCCGCACGCGAGUUUGAUGCGUUUUUCCAUCUCUAUAUCCAUCAAUAGGCAAGAAUUGACAACACAGAAAUUAGUUGGUGAAUUAGAUAGGACUGAGAACUCUAAGAUGUCACAAUGUAAAGUUUGGUUGGAUAAUUAUAAUGGACAGUACUAUCCCGGUGCACAAAUACAAGGAAAAGUUAUCUUGAACUUCAAUGAUGAGACUAAAUUAAGAAAAUUGGUCGUAAGAAUUGUAUGUCAUGAGCACACGGAAUGGUUAGGGUCAGAAAGCUACUAUGAUUCUGAGGAAAAUCAACAGAAAUCUAGAGAUACUCUCUUUAAGGGCGAUAACGAUGCUUUUUCUACAGAAUUAAUUUUAUAUGGGGGUCUAUCUGGAACAACUUCACUAUCCACUGGGCAGCACAUUUAUCCAUUUACUCUUAACUUACCCAACAAUUUGCCUGGUACUUACCACUGUGAAUACGGAUCUAUUUCAUAUAAGCUCGUAGCUGUUGUAGACCGACCAAUGGCCUUAGAUUAUGAAGACCAAGUCAUAUUUGUAGUUGUAGCUCCUGUUGAUCUGAAUCUUCUGAGGAGACCAGAGCUACUGGCGCCCAGUUCAUAUUCCGACGAUAAAACUCUUUGCUGCUGGUGCUGCGCUCAAGGGCCUAUAUCUUUGGAUGUUGACCUACCCAAGAGGACUCUUGUUCCUGGAGAAACUAUAAAUGUCACAGCUCGGUUAACUAAUAUGUCGAAUACUAACGUUGAAGGAGUUGGUUUUGAAAUGAAACAGAGAAUUAUAUGUCUAGUGAAUGAACCAAACAAAGAAGAGAAAGAGAUAGAUAAUAUUCUUGUGGAUGUAAACGAAGUUGGCCUAGGAGCUCACGGAGAGCAUACUUACACUUUUAACGUUAUGUUACCGAUGAACGUUCCCAUUCCAAAUUUUUCGCAGUGCAGGCUUUUCAAAGCCGAAUACGUUUAUAAGGUUGUAGCUAAGCUGCCUUCUGUGCACAAAAAUUUAGAAGUGUUCAUGUAUCCAGAAAUAGGAAAUAUACAAAUUUACCAAGAAGGGUACCCAGGUGGAUUUAACCAAGGAGGAUUUGUACCUGGAGGACCACAACCUGGCUAUCCAGAAAAUCCAGGCCCCCGUUAUCCUCCUCCAGUGGGAGGAGUUCCUGUUUAUCCUCCUCUGGCUCCAACAGCUCCACCGUCCGAUUAUUCAAAAUCACAAGAUGCUAGUAUGCCAAGUGGAAAUUUGCCUUCGGAACAGCCUCCUCCAACAUAUGAUUCUCUAAAUAUGAAAUAAAAUGGCAGCUUUCAAUGUAUAGAUG